AUGGACCCAAACAAAAAAAGAGACGAAAGCAAGUAUUGCCGUUUCCAUGAAGGCUAUGGCCAUGACACAGACCGAUGUUGGGACCUGAAGAGGGAAAUAGAACAGCUAAUCCAAUCUGGAGUACUAAGAAAAUUUGUUCAUGAAAAAUUCGGAGAAAAAAAGGAAGGCAGACGUUGCGGAGAAGGAGGAGCUAACAGGAAAGCUAAAGAAGUAACAGGAGUAAUACAUGUGAUCGAUGGAGGAGAACCUUAUAGUAACACUCAGAAGAAAAAGAGAAAUAGGCGACGCUCUGCAACGGUCUUCGUAAUCGAGAGGGAGAUAGCUCAAGAGGUUUCUUUCGGUCCAGAAGUUGGAGGGCAUGUACAAGGUCCUCACAAUGACGCAUUGGUAAUAGAGGCAGUAAUACGAAAUCAUUCUAGUCAAGCAGAUCUUGAUAGAUUAAGGAAGUUCUACCUACGGAAAGCAUCUGUCCCACUCAUCGGACUAGGAGGAAAACCAAUACGACCCGAGGGAACUGUCAGCAUAUAUGUGGAACUAGGCGAGAAGAAUGAAGGACCACUUAAGAAUCUGCAUGCCCAAUUCAAUGUAGUAGAUCUACCUCUGGCAUAUAAUGGCAUCUUUGGUAGACCUUUCCUAUACCAAUCUGGCGCAGUGACCAGCAUCAGGUUACUGAUUUUGAAGAUAACUACCUCAGAGGGCACUAUAGUAGUUCGAGGGAGUCAAGAGAUGGCUAGAGAAUGUUGCAUGGUAGCAACAAAAGAAGAGGAAAGCCUUUCGAUCACCACGUACGCAGGAAUCGUAGUAGACGAGGAGGAGCCAAGAGGCGCAGAACCAGUCGGGGAGAUGAAAUAG